GGUGAUUCAAAUUCAAUCAAACACCAGUAAUUAUAUUUAUGGUGAUUCAAAUUCAAUUGAGCUUCAAUUUCAAUACUUGUACAUAUGGUGAUUUAAAUUCAAUAAAGCUUCAAUAUAGUGAUUCAAAUUUAAUUGAGGUCUAAUAGCGAAAAGGUCCCCCCACAGCUUGUCCGAAAUACUCACCAACUAGAUUUUCUCAAAUUUUCACCUUGACUAUCAUGUGAAAAUGCAGCAGGGGCUGGUGAAUCAUAACACAAAAAUAUCUUCCAAGUCAUUGCUCUUUACGCUUUUCUUCUACACCAUUAUUAAGGCUUAUUCCAAUCUUGUGUUGACGCAUUUUUGUGAACUUCAGCAAUUUUCGCUUUGCUCUGGUAUUCCUUCUUUGUUUGUUCCUCAAUUUUAUCAGCUGGGGUUCUUCUUUCUUGGACAAAUUGCCGCACUUACAGUGUAAUUGUCAAUUCUUGUAAAAAAAAAAAAGUAUUGGUGCUAAAACUGGAUUCUUGCAGUUUAUUUAGGCCAUGUUUUCACCUUCAAUUUGUUUUCCAACAACAAUUUUUCAAAUUCAUCCAUUUCACUCUCCAGACAACAUUAAUCGGCUCAAAAACCACAUGUGUAAAAGGUACGAUGACAACAAAAGACUGCCAUGUUUCUCUUUCGAACACCCUUUUGGUGUUUCUGAAAAUAAAGAAUACCCAAUUGGGUGUUAUAGAGAAACUGAAAUAGUUGGUCAGUUGGAAGUUGGUGAUGAUAAUUGUUCUUCUUUUUCGAAGGUUUCAGUGAAUAGUUUCUUAGCUGACUCGAGUUUGGUUGGUCGUUUACUUCAAUCUAGUUCUAGUUUGAAAGAAGUUAAAAUAGUUCACGCGAUGGUAUUGAAGUGUUUGAGGAGUAGUACAGUAUUUGUUGAGAAUAAUUUGAUUAGUGCGUUGGUGAAAUUCGGGCGUUUGAAUGAUGCACGUAAGGUGUUUGAUGAAAUGUCUGAGAGGAAUGUGGUUUCUUGGACUGCUAUGCUUAAUGGGUAUUUGAGAUAUGGGUUAGAUGAUGAAGGAUUGAAGUUUUUGGCGGAGUUUGUACGUCGUGGUUUGGUUUGGAAUUCGAAGACUUAUGUGUGCGUCUUGUGUAUGGCGGGGAGGAGUUGUGAUUUUGAGCUGGGGAAGCAAGUGCAUGCUGGUGUUAUAAAGGAUGGAUUUAGUAAUUUGAUUUUGGAUAGUUCUAUCGUGUCAUUUUACGCGCAAUGUGGGGAUUUGGAAAGUGCUUUCCGCGUAUUUGAUGUGAUAAAAAGACCUGAUGUAGUUUGUUGGACGACUAUGAUCACGGCUUGUUCACAACAUGGGAGGGGAAAGGAAGCUUUACGAGUGUUCUUGCAAUUAUUCUCUGAUGGAUUUGAUGCUAAUGAAUUUACUGUCUGCAGUGUCUUGAAUGCGUGUGGGGAGGAAGGGGAAUUGAAAUUCGGGAAGCAACUACAUGGGGCCAUUAUUAAGAAUAGAUUUAGAAUGGAUGUCUUUAUAGGGACCUCGUUGGUAGAUAUGUACGCGAAGUGUAGUGAGAUAGAUGACGCUAGGACAGUGUUUGAUGGGAUGGGGAAAAGGAACACGGUGACGUGGACGUCUAUUAUUGCAGGAUAUGCUCGUAAUGGACAUGCGGAAGAAGCCAUAAGACUCUUCCGGAUAAUGAAAAGGCGAAAAAUCUUUGCUAAUAACUUGACUAUGGUAAGCAUCCUUCGAGCAUGUGGCUUACUUAGGGCUUUACCAACUGGAAAGGAAGUGCAUGCACAAAUUAUCAAGAAUUCCCUCCAAGAUAAUAUUUAUUUAGGAAGUACUUUGGUGUGGCUUUAUUGCAAAUGCAGCGAAAAUUCAGCUGCACGUAAGGUCCUUCAGGACAUGCCUAUUAGGGAUGUAGUUUCAUGGACUGCAAUGAUUUCUGGUUGUGCUCAUUUAGGACAUGAGUAUGAGGCUCUUGAAUACUUGAAGGAGAUGCUAGGUGAAGGCGUUGCCCCCAAUCCAUUUACGUAUUCAUCUGCCCUGAAAGCAUGUGCAAAGCUGGAAGAUAUCGAGAGAGGAAAACUGAUCCACUCCUCCAUAAGCAAGACACCUGCUCUGUCCAAUGUGUUUGUGGGUAGUGCAUUGAUCAAUAUGUAUGCAAAAUGUGGACGUCUUCCUGAGGCAAUUCAAAUAUUUGAUAACAUGCCCGAGAGGAAUUUGGUUUCUUGGAAGGCGAUGAUUGUUGCCUAUGCUAAAAAUGGUUGCUGUGGAGAGGCAUUGAAGCUCGUGUAUCGUAUGCAAGUAGAGGGCAUUGAGGUGGAUGAUUAUAUCCUCGCUACUGUCCUCACAGCAUGUGGUGAAUUUAAGGGAAGCAUCAAGUCCAAUUCGAAGUAUUUCUUGCAUCCAAAGAGUUCUAUAGUCUAAAAAGAAAUGAGGCUCCUCCAAGAAGUUUCAGUAAAAUCUUCAAAUGAAUUAUGAUGGUAUCAUUCAUGUUUCAAUGCCAGCUGAACGCUGAAUGUUGCUUCAUACGUUGCAGUCUGUUUGAUAACUAUUUGCCAUCGGCUAACUUCUGGACCUUCCAUGGUUAUAGUCCCUGGGUAGCCUGCCUCACCAACAAAAGAAUGAGGUGCAGUUUAUCGGACUGUGCUCUUAGAGUUACAUAAUAUUCAAAUGUUGGUAUCUUAUAACCUCAAUGAUACCCUGUAUUAUAGUAGGUUAGGUUCCUGCAACCGUGUAUUGUCACAUUACGAUCAUGUAUACUUAAACUUUUGCUAUGUACAACUACAUACCCAGUGUAAUCCCACGAGUGGGGUUUGAGAAGGGUGGUAUGUAGUAUAUACCUUACCCCUACCGUAUGAAGGUAGAGAGGCUUGUUUAUGUACUCGAUAGAUAAUAUACAAAUGUGUUGGUGUAUUGGAAGCUAUAUUGGCGGUUCUAAUGUAAUUAUGCUCUGAAUUUGCACCGUAAAA